AAGUGAUUUGCAGUGUUCAGCAAGCCUUUUGUUGAGAAGGUUUUCUCAGAUCAGUGAGUCAUGCUUUAGCUCUGAGCCGGCAGGCAGGCAGCAGUCAGUAGAGAGUAUUUGCUCUUCCCUCGCAGUAUCCGUGAUCAUCGACAACAUAGACCUUCCUCUGUUCUCUUAGUUUUUGGAUUUUUGAGGCUAGAAAUCAGCAGCAGCAGCAGCAUCACCGCUGGAAACCAAACAAGCUGCCCCACAACACUGGCAGCCUUUUAGAGACCUUUUUCUUUCCAUCCUCUUCUUCUUCUGCCUCAAUGCUGGAUUGUGUCUGUAUAUUUCCCACUGACGGAUUGGAUUGCUGCUCUGGAUUUCAUUGAGAGCAAAUUGGACUUUGGCGACAGCAGCAGCAGCAGCAGCAGCAGCAGCAGCUCAACACAACCACCACUGUAACCUCUAUAGAGAAAAUUACAGUCAGGUGGCCUGUGUGUUGCUAAAAGGCAUUUUGCUGCCUGUACCGCUGCUGCUAUGUUACAGGAGAGGGUAAUCAGCACGGCUCAGCCACGUCUGCCAGCACACUUGUGAAAGAGGCAGGCUGUGCGUGUCGGUUGGUGGAGAGAGGGGAGAGAGCAAGAGAGAGAAGGGUAUGCUUCACCGUACCAAAUACAACCGCUUCAGGAAUGAGUCAGUAACAUCCGUCGAUGAGCUUCUCCACGGCCUGUCCAUGAACCCCAAGGUCUCGGCCACCCCCCAGUCUGCAGCCGAGACAUCUUACACACCCCCGACUGAGGUCCAGUCGUCCUCCACCACCUCUGCUUCCAGCACCCCCACCAGCCACGGCUCUGACCACCUGGAAGAUGGAGGCACCACCCUCUGUACCCUCAUCAACAAGGUGUCCGGCCUGAAAUUCAGCAACUCGGGCAGCUUGCUGGGCAUCAAGGGUCUGCCCUCGGCUGUCAAGGACCUGGCUGUGUCUAAGCUGCAGGCGGGUGGGGGAUCGGGCUCAAGCAGCUCCAGUGGCCCGAGCCCCAGUGCAACGACAGCAGCAGCGGCAGCAGCCUCUGGUGUGGGCGGCUCUCUGUGCAGCUCGGCCUCCCAUUCAACUCCCUGCUCGCAUCUGGAGCCAGCCGUCAGCAUGAGCAAGAAGAGCAGGCUGGAUGAGCACCAGCCGGGCAGAGAAGACUGGAAUCCAGGUGGAGGUGGUGGACUGGUGAGCAAACCCUCCAGAGGGUGGCUACACUCGAGCGAGAAGAUCGCUGGUCCAGGAGUGACAUACAUUGUGAAGUAUCUGGGCUGUAUAGAAGUCCUUCGGUCAAUGAGAUCCCUGGAUUUCACCACAAGAUCACAAAUUACAAGGGAAGCUAUCAGCCUGGUGUGUGAGGCUGUUCCAGGGACCAAAGGAGCUCUGCGGAAGAGAAAGCCACCGUCCAAAGCUCUGUCUAGUAUCCUGGGGAAAAGCAACCUGCAGUUUGCUGGCAUGUCUAUUAACCUAAAUAUCUCCACUAGUAGCCUCAACCUGAUGACCCCUGACGGCAAACAGAUCAUAGCCAACCAUCACAUGCAGUCCAUCUCUUUUGCAUCAGGUGGAGACCCUGACACAACAGAUUAUGUUGCCUAUGUAGCAAAGGACCCCGUUAACAGAAGAGCAUGUCACAUCCUGGAGUGCUCUGACGGGCUGGCCCAGGACGUCAUCAGCACCAUUGGCCAGGCCUUUGACCUUCGCUUCCAGCAGUACCUGCAGUGUCCCUCAAGCAAACCGUCCUCCACACACGACAGGGUAUUAAACAUGGAGGAGUUACCAUGGACAGAGGAAGAGGAGGAGUCAACAGAACAUCCUUACUAUAACAACAUCCCUGGCAAGAUGCCACCCCAUGGAGGCUUCAUCGACACCCGGCUGAGUAAUCAGAAUGCGCCACCAGAUGGAUCCCAGAUGGGCCCAGGUUCAGUAGAUCAGACAUAUUACCAAGGACGGCACUGUGGAGAAAACUGGGGAGAUGAAAGAAAGCCAAUAUUCAUACAGCAGGGAUCAUUUGAUAUAAGCAGUCUGCCCGAAAGUAAAGGUCAGACACCAAAAAAAGGGGAGAUGCCCGCAUAUGUGAACACUCAGCAGAUUGAUGCCCAGGUGCUCGCAGCACUCCAGGCAGAGGCGGAAAAUGUAACAAAGGGCAUGGCAGCUGCAGCCAAAGAGAGCCCACAGAAGGACCUGUUUGAUAUGAAGCCCUUCGAGGAUGCCAUUCAGUCGCAGUCCCAUCCACCGUCCCAGGGGCAAGCCCAGUCCCAGGUGCCUUCUGGUCUUCACAAGGCAGCAUCCGUGGACAACUCGAGCCCUCUUCUUGUGCGCUCACUGGCCUUCCGGGCACAGGAGGAGCUGGAAGGCCAAACAUGGUACCAUGGCAAAAUGAGCCGCCGUGACGCUGAAAAACUGCUGAAAGAAGAUGGGGACUUCCUGGUUCGUAAAAGCACUACCAACCCAGGGUCCUACGUUCUGACGGGCAUGCACAAUGGACUUGCCAAACACCUACUGCUUGUGGACCCUGAGGGCACGGUACGGACAAAAGAUCAUAUAUUUGACAGCAUUAGCCAUCUUAUUGGCCAUCACCGUGACAACAAUCUGCCGAUUGUGUCAGCUGGGAGUGAACUGUGUCUCCUACAGCCCGUUGGAAGGAAACAGUGAUGCUUGCAAUGCCUGAUGGAAAUAGGAAGCUCUGGACAGUCUCUCCUACCAUCCUGAAACUUGAAGAUGAAACAUAAAGAGAAGAUGCUUAAAGGCUCUAUGCGCUGACAGUGUUGUGGGGAAAUUGGCCCGUGGUUACUCUACUUGAGGCACUGGAAAGAUUUGUUUAAGAUAAAAAACUUAUUUAUAGAACUGUUAUUAUUUUGUUGUGAUGACUGAAAUGCUAUAUUUUUGAGAAGACAUAGGUGCAUUUGGACAUAAUAUCUUGAUUUGGUGUUUUAAAAGAUAAAAAAAGACACUUGUUCUUGUAGUUUAGAUGAAGUGCAAAUCAAACCUCAAAGAGGUGUUAACAAGAGUAUUUUAGAAUAAAAACCUGAAAUUUUAGUUUUGUCUGUCAAGCACAACCGCAUUUAUACAGGAAGUGUUGCCUAAGAGGUAGAGGAAACAUAAAAAAGUUUGGACAAAAAAUGCUGUUUAUAAUGAAUUACUUUAGGGGAAAAUGUCCUUUAAUCUCACCAAUAGUGUGAUGGCUGACUCAAUUAGUCACUAUAUGAAAUCUGCUUUUAUUGGGGAUUAGAACUGAAUGUGUUUUGCUUUGCAGUAGUCACAGUGUUGGGGUGCAAACAGACAUCCUUCAUAGUGCUGUCAAUGGCUUUAAAGAUAAACUUUUUUUUAUGAAGUAUUUUCUUGUGUCACUGCAGUCGCAUGACUUAAAAUCAACUGUUCUUGUGGACAUUGUUCGUAGACCUUGAUACCCCUUUAUUUGAAAGAGGUGCUUGUGUAUGCUGACACUGUAAAAAUAUUUAUGCUUUUCAACCAGUGACUAUUUCUGAAUUGGUUUUCUCUGGAUUCUUCUUUUAGGUGUGUAGUCAAUGAUUAAUUUUGGGGCUUCAGUCAUGCAAUGGAUAUUCUCACACUCUUAAUCAACAUUUUCGGCAUUUUUGUUUAGUUUGUUUUGGUGAACUUUUAAAAAGUAAUUGUUUGAAUUUGAAUGAUCACAAAUGAAUAGCACAAUCAGAAAGUUAGAUCAUUUGAUCAUCUAUCUGUGUCAGUUGUACCAAGACGUAUUACCAAUGUGUUGAGAUGUAAUUUAGACUUUUUACUUAAGAGACCGGAUUAGACACACGCUGAGUUCGCACAGUGCCCACUCAACACAGAAUGUUUAAUAUUAGCUUACCUUCACUUAUUGAUGUGUGUGGAUAUCUUAUGGCAAGACUACUGUAUCGCCACUAGAUGUCAUCACAGAAAUGUGACACUUGUUUGCCCCUGUCAGUCGCACUCACUUCAGUUCUCUUGUGUCAUCACGUAUUAGUAGCAAAGGAUGCUGGCUGUGUACAGUACAGGGGGAAAUCCAACUCUGUAAGAAGCAAGUUUUCAAACAUUGUUGCUUGACAGGUCAUUUUCAUUUUGCAGUCCACUGUACACAAUCGUUCCACAGAACAGUUCACUGUAUUUCGGUUAUACAGACUGUUUUUCUAGAGUGGGAAUCAAACUUUUAAAAUGGUUUAUAGAAAUAGUACACAGCAGUUCUGGCAACAUACAUUUUAAAUGCUCUCAUCCUCACUAUUGCCAGUACUCUGAUGGAAACCAAAUGAAUGGGGCAUUGUAUUUGAUAUGCACUGGACCACUUCAAUUGAACCAAAAUCAGCAUGUGUUCAAUGAGUUUGACAAGACAGAUGCAAUGUAAUAUAACGUGCCUGUAUUUUGCUGCAAGAGGAAGUGUACAGUACAUGCAUCUCACAACAACACACAUUUUGGCAAAGAGCAGUACUGGGAUUGUUAUGAAAAAAUCCAGCACCAGAUCCAUUUUGGUUUAAGCCGAUAAGACUUUCUCUGAUUCCUUGUGUCUCUUUGAGCAAUGUCCGUUUGCAGAGCAACAUAUUGGCAUUUUUUGAGAGAGUGAAGGGCACAUGGGAUCAUUGAAGUGUUUGUUUUUUUUUGACAGUUAUCCACCAUUAACCUUUACUUUGUCCAAUUUGACAUAAUUUCAUCAAAUCUAAUAUCUUGGGAGAAGGAAUAAUGCUCUAAAUUAAAAACAGCGCUAUGCUAAUGUAAAGAAUUCUUUUGAGAUUAGUCUUUAUUUCUGAAGAGCAAAUUUGUAGAAUCACCUUGGCAAAAUGUGCAAAGUUUUGAAAAAAGCAUAUACAGUAUAGCAGGAACAGCUCCAUACUUGAAUCUCUCUGCUGUGUGGCAUAAAGAAAUUAUACAACCAAACAUGCUGGGACACAAAAAGAACAUGGCUUCUUUCCAGAUUUCUGUUGAUGAAAAUGUGCCUUUUAUUUGUACAAAUGGUAUUUUUGUUUCUCUUACUCUCUCUCUUCAAAGUGCAAUAGCUGAUUUUCAAUGGGGCAUGCCUGUUCACUAGAGGUUGUGUUUUGCCCUGCUGCGUGUUGCUGCUUGAGACUACCGUUUUCUUUCUAUAUCUGUCUCUUUCUCUCCCUCCCACCCUCUCUACUAUAUAUUAUAAAU